AUGCCGGCGGCACCGCAAGACCGGUUGGUGGAGUGUGUACAUUCUUCCGACCCAAAUUCUGACGCAGGGCGCUACGCGGUAGCCAAGGCCGACAUCAGCCCCGGUGAACUUGUCCUCAUUGCUGCCCCGUAUGCCGUGGCGAUGAACCCGAAUGAAAUGCCCAGUGCAAUGUCCAUAGCAACCAAGGUGGACGAGUGGGUGGCUGCCACCGGGAGCACGAAUACGGCGAGCAACUCGAUGACAAAGAGGACAAGGAAAAAUGGUUCUUUUCCAGCCUCAAUCCCAAAUGGAUACUUGCCUCUAUUGCCCCAUUCAACACUCUGUUGUAACUGUCUGCAACUUAUUCCGGAAGGUACCCUAUUCCUAAAUUAUGAGACUAUUCGAUGGGUUUCCGGCUGUAUUGCUGCAGAACACGCCAACUAUGAGAUGGAGAGGUGGUUGAAUGAAGAUACAGAAAUUUCACAAGCAAAAGCCGUUGACGUGGAUGCUGAUAUGGAGGUUUCCGGGGAAAUUGAUGCGGGAGAUGAUAGGCAACUUAAAAAGUUGCAAAAAACUGUUAAGUCUGGUCGGAUGCGCUCCAAAUUGUACGUGAAUCUGAAGAAGAAGCUGUCAGAAGCCUCCGCACGGCGGCAUGAAAAAGCAAUGCACGAAUAUCAUGUGAAGGCAAUGCAGAUGGAUAAUGCACAGGAAGUCAUGUGGCCAGAACGUGUGGUGGAAGGGGAACAUAGUCUUCCGGAGGGUGUAACAAACCAAGGCGUGUGUGGAUGCGCCGGGUGUGGUGUUAUUGUGUACUGCUCGAGGGCAUGUUGGACGGAGCAUCACAAUUUGCACAGAGCUUCAGGUACGUGUCAAACGCUGCGCCGCGUGUAUCCAGUACUCAUGAAGACGUUUAUGGUACGUGCUGGUGAUAAUGCAAACUCAACAGACAAGAAACGAUUUUCCCCUGAUUCAUGGAGUACAAAGCAUUGGCUUAGGCGAACAGGCGAGGAGGCAGCAUGGGAGAUGCAGACAUUACUCUUGAAUGCAUUGCUGGUGGCACACUGUGCAAGGGAAGGGUUUGCUGGUCAUAUGGCAGAGGAAACGGAAGCCAUGCCCGCCACGGUUAAUCUCAGCAAAAGUAGCGAGGGGGAACGAGAAGUCGUUUGUGUUGUCUCUUCAAAGAAUAAAACACCCUUAAAUUUAACGAAUGGGAGAAAACUCAGCGGUGCUACCACUGACGCGGAAUCUCAGUUAUCAGGGGCAGCUGCGUUGAUCGCUACGGACUGUGCGGUACCUCAGAAGGUGGAAAUACUUCGUAUGGCUCGCCUGCAGUGCGGUGGUGUGGUGGAAGUUCUGGAUCCCAAAGCUCUUGAGGGUGGCAACGAAUUCCGUGACCCAGAAACGGCGUCGCAGCUUUACUUCUCCCUGAGGAGCAACAUGUCAUUAGGUGUAUUUGAGGAGAAAGAGGAAACACAUGCCGUUCGACCACCAAGAUGGAGUGAUACGGCCCGAUUAGUUACAAAUCUUUCAAUGCUGAGCAAAGACUCGCGCAGUAAGUUUCGUUGUGCCUAUCGCCGCUUUACAAAAUUGAUUCUUCCCUGGCUGGGUGAAGGUGGGAGUACCGAGGCCAAUUUGACUGUUACAGCCACCUUCUUUAAUCGCCUGUGUGCUGCAUUGCAGUGCAACAGCUUUGGUUUGUUUAACGCGGACGGUAACUGCAUUGGCGUCGCACUCUAUCCGGAAGCAUCGUAUUUCAAUCACAGUUGUUGCCCAAAUAUCUGUCGAGUCACAUAUCGUGGAAUUCUUGCAGCAUUUCAUGCUCUUCGAGAGAUACGGAAGGGUGAGCCCCUCACCAUUUGCUACGUGGAUGUUCAAGAGACUUCGACCGCAGAGCGCCGUCGCACGCUUUUUUCCUCUUACCGUUUUUUCUGCGAAUGUGCUCGUUGCAGUGGGGCGAACACAGCGGCAAUGGAGAUUCGUCUGUGUGAUUCAUGCGCCAUACGUGGUUACAUUUUACCCGUUCCGCCUUCCUCGGCCUUUCGCUGGGGGAUGGAUGCUGUGCAAGAGGGAAUCUGUUCCGUUUGCCGAAAAUGUGUGCCGUGGAAUCAGAAAUAA